AUGGCAGCUUCCCUCGAAUAUAAACAAAAUGGCAUCGAUAAGAAUAAUAAUGGUGAAAAUCUUAAUGAGGAGGUGGAAUAUGUGGAUGUUGUUGACGAUGAUGAUGAAGAACCUCAACAAAAAACCGAAGAUGAAGCGAACAAUAGUGAACUGAAAUAUCCAUCGAUUCAGGGAUUUCUCUCCUUUCUCAAAUCACUCAAACAAACAUGGAUUAAAAAUUCCCUAUUUCGUAUUGAGGAUAAAAUUAAAUUUCUCUAUAAUUUGAAAGAUAAUCUGUUGCGGAAUAUUGAACGACAAUUUACCGCGUUGUGGUCAAAUUAUAGAGACGACAAUGAUGAUGACGACGAUGACGGCGACGUUGAGGAAAAUGUGGACGAAGGACGCCGACUUAAGCGACAAAAGCGUGGCUUCUUAGGCGAAUCAUCUAUUGAAUUUCCUCCAGAAGCUGCAUUGAUGAGUAUUAACUUCCUUACGUUUGCAGUAUUUUUGAUCAAAUUAGUUUUGCAAGUGGUAAAUAUAAUAAGAACCAAACAUAUUACAGUAUCAUCGUUCGGAAUCAACAAAAAUAGUUUUACCAAAGGCUAA